AAUAGGGAAGGCUCUUGAGAUCUCCAUAAUGCUGGCUGCUCGUCUCUGUACCCGUGCUGCUAUUGCUCGACCUCUCAUUAAACCUCUGGCAUGUGCUCAGCCAGUCUUUGCAGUCCGGACUUUCCAGACUACCCCUCAGGCUCUCGAUGAAAGUCUCGAACAGGCUUGCAAGUUUAUUGGAGCAGGAUGUGCUACAGUUGGAGUAGCCGGAUCCGGAGCCGGAAUUGGAACAGUAUUCGGAUCUUUAGUAGAAGGAUACGCCAGGAACCCUUCCCUUAAAACUCAACUCUUCUCCUACUGCGUUCUUGGGUUCGCUCUCUCCGAGGCUAUGGGUCUUUUCUGUCUCAUGAUUGCUUUCAUGAUCCUCUUCGCGCUAUAGACUGUUUUAGAUAAUUUAUUGAACCUUUUAUAAGUUAUAUUUUGUGGUUGAUCAUGAUUCUGUUACAUAACUUUGAAGUGUCAUUCUAAUUAAGGUGCAGGUGUUACCUAGUAACAUUUGCUUUGUAAGCUCAUAUUUCUCGAUAUAAAAUUAUGGAAAUUUGAUAAGA